AGGUUACAUAAAAAUGAGUGUUUUCAUGACUUGGGAAAGAGUUUUCUCAUAUAAAAAGCCACUAAUCUUUCCCAACAAACAUGAAUUUUAAAUGCUCUUUGUUUUUUCUCCAUAAAACCCUUCAACCAAAUGAGUAUCAGUUGGUAGUCAACAAAGGAUUUGUACCUGAAAACCCCAUAUCAAACCAAAAUACAAAACCACAACUUUUUAACUCAAAAAACAAAAAGGCAAAAACCUUGUUGGAGUGAACUAUAAAACCUCGUUGCUCCUAAUUCAAAUUCACCUGAAAUCCCUCUUUCAUGGAUAAGUGUGGCAGUGCAAUGGAGUUUCUUGAGAACAAGAACAUUUUGAUCACUGGGGCCACUGGUUUUCUUGCCAAGAUUUUGGUGGAGAAAAUCUUGAGGGUUCAACCAAAUGUCAAGAAACUCUAUUUACUGUUAAGAGCAGCAAACGAGAUGAUAGCUUUGGAACGUUUCCAUAACGAGGUGAUAGGAAAGGAUUUGUUUCAAGUAUUAAAGAAGAUGUGGGGUGGAGACUUUGAUACCUUGAUUUCAGAGAAGGUUUGUUUGGUUCCUGGGGAGGUCUCACUCUCAGAAAUGGGAUUGAAAGAUUCAAAUUUGGUAGCAGAGAUGAAGAAUCAAGUGGAACUAAUUGUUAACUUGGCUGCAACGACAAAGUUCGAUGAGAGGUAUACACAUAACUAUGCUCACUAAAUACUUCGAACCAUUUUGGUUCGUCACUAAAACAAUGUUGUCCAUUCCCUUUUAAUAGAUACGACGUAGCACUUGGCACUAAUACCUUCGGAGUCAAACAUGUCAUAAGCUUUGCAAAGCAGUGUCCAAAUUUGAAACUCCUUGUCCAUAUAUCCACUGGUUAGUAUAAAUCAUCAAACAUAAUAUACUUAAGCUAUACUUUAUAAUAAAUAAAAAGAGAAGAUGGGUCUG